AUGCCCUGGAGAUAUGCGGUCUUAAUUAUAACCGCCAACUUUUACUUUGUUUGUGCGUGGGAUGCUCUGAAGAUUGGGAUAAUCAACGAUCAUCCCAAUUUGUCCCCGAUUUUUGAGGUAAAUUUUGUGUUGAACUACUUUAGUCAGGUAAUUUUUGAUUAGAGAGAUCUUUUGAGUGCAAUUCAAUGGAUCGAAUCAACAAUUCUGGUCCAAAACGCUUCGAAUCCCUUCAACAUCACCUGGAUAGACGUUUCAAAAUGUGCAAAGACCAGUGUCUCGCAGGGUUCCAAACUUAUUUAUUCAAAUGGAAUCAGAAUAAAAAGUUUGGAGAGGUUAUUGGACAGCUCCAGCUUUAAUUUGAUCCUCAAAGAUGGCCCAAAAGAAUGUCAAGAGGAUCCAUUUUUGCUGGCUGCAGCUGCACCUUGUCUACAACGGGGAAAUGAAAGGCAACUUUUUAAAACUUAUACUAUCACACUUUGUAUUAGCAUUUUCAUAAAGUGCAUGGACUUUUGCACUGUGCAUAUCGCUUUCUUCGCGCGACACGAUCCUUUUCAAAACAUUUUUGCACGGUGCAAUUGUCUCAAGUUUCGCGGCGGCGCAAUGGAAAAAAGCUUGUGUCGCAGCAAUUUUGUUUGAGAAAUCAAAUUGCACUGUGCAGUCGACCUUUUUCUUGCACAGUGCGGCGAGCGACGAAAAGUCCAUGCACUUUAUAAAAAUGCUAAUAUAACCAAAUCAAAUGACCUUAUUUUAGACCCAGACUUGGAAUUAUGGUAGUUUGCACCAAUUCCCGGGCUUGGCAUGGAUUUUCCUCCGGAGUGGAUCUCUUUAAACACGAGAUUCUCCACAGUCUUGGAUUCGGAAUGCUAAAUCCAGACCUUUCGUAUAAACGGUCACCAAAAUCUGAAGUCCAAUCUCAUCAAAUUGGACCCAAUAAAUAUCGAAAACAAGAUAUUCAUUACUUAGAUUUUGCUUCGACAGCCGUCAGAUUCGCGAGAACUCACUUUAAUUGUCCUCGAAUUACCGGGAUCAACGCGGAAAACGAGGAAAAAAUUCAUUUGGACGAAUAUAUUUUUGGGGUAGGUUACUGUAACUUUUGUCUUACUGUAUUUUUGAGCUAACAGUUCUCUUUAGAACGAACUGAUGACUCCCAUUUUGUCAAAAGGACCCAAUUAUUUCACGCACAUCAGCGCCUUAAUAUUGGAAAACACUUUUAUUGGAGAUAUGUAAGGAAUACCGCAUCCCUUAUCCAUUAAUUUACUAUUCAGCCCUUGGUAUAAGACCAAUAGAGAUACUGUUGAGAAAGAAAGUCGAAAAUAUUGGUAUGGCCGAAAUGCCGGCUGCGAUUUCUUCAGCCAAAGUUGUUAUGAAUAUGCCCGCAGGCGGUCGAGAUUUUCCUUUCCUUUGUGAGUCCUACCUUCUUCCUUAUCUUUACAUAUCCUGUCCUCUGUUAUAACAUAAUCUAGGACAAUUUUUGGACCAAUUUUAGUUCGGCCUUUCCUUUUUGUUCGGAGAAUGACUUAAGGAGUACUGUAAGCGGUCACAAAGGUAAGUUAUGUAUGGGAAAUGGGACCCAUGGCGUCCGAAUCAACGCGUUCUGUCAUAUACAGCCAAUCUCCGGACCGGAAAAAGAUGUAAGCGUACAUUAACAUCAGUUAACAUAUUAUUUUAGGCAAUAUCUCUGAAUGAAAUGUUUCCAUUAACCUUUAAGUCGCGUUCGUUAGCUUUUGGAUCUGUAAAUGGCUAUCGGAGUUGUCCUAUGAUAUCAGUAAGUACUCUAUGUAUCAAUAAAUAUCUUUAUUUACAUUCCUAAUCUUCAACUUUCAGCAAGUUAUGGAAGCCAACAUGUACAACAUACCCGAGAAUGCGAUUCCCAUCCCUUGUUAG